UCCUAGAGAUUGCUAAAAUAAGGACAAAUGGGCAAACAAUGGUUAUGUCGAUCACAGAUGGAGGUACGGCGUCGAACUACUGCCACCACUAGCAAUGGAGCCCAUACGCAACCAUACUAUGAGCGCAUCGACGAUAAGGCACGCCGUGCAGUUGAAGCCAUCGGUUUUAAGCACUGGCUUUUGGUCAUCGUAGUGGUUUUUGCCAUUUAUGGAUGGGUUGUUUACCUGCACAGGCGAAUGCCACCCGUCAUAGGUGCUGAUUACUUGAAUGAGUUCAGUGAGGAGCGUGCUCGCGUAUUGCUCAGAGAGCUUACGGAUCUUGGUCCAAGACCAAGCGGCUCGGAUGCUUUGGAGCAUAAAUCGUUCGACAUCAUGCAGCGGCAUCUCAGUGCUAUUAGGGAUAAAUUUGCGUCUAGAGGUGUGAAUCGCUUUGAGAUGGACGUGCAGAGACCAUCGGGUUGCUUCGAUCUCUCUUUUCUUUCAAGUUUCACUUUGUGUUAUCAUAAAAUCACUAAUAUUGUUGUACGUGUGGGACCGGCUAGUGGUCCCACAGAUCAGUCACUUCUGUUGAAUUCUCAUUACGAUUCCAUGCCGGAUACACCUGGAGCUACUGAUGAUGCGGUAUCCUGCGCCAUCAUGAUGGAUGUUUUGAAUGUUAUGGCUCACUCUGACAAGCCCUUGAGGAAUGAUGUGGUUUUCUUGUUCAACGGAGCUGAAGAGAAUUUUCUGCAAGGAGCACAUGGUUUCAUUGAGAAUCAUCCUUGGCGGCAUACCAUUCAUGCGUUUAUCAACCUGGAAGGCACAGGCUCAGGCGGGCGCGAAAUCUUGUUUCAGGCCGGUCCAGGGAACUCAUGGCUCUUACAAACCUAUCUUGAAGCAGCGCCUCAUCCGUUUUGCAGUGUACUGGCUCAAGAAAUUUUCCAGUCCGGUAUUAUCCCUUCCGAUACAGACUUUCGCAUCUUCCGCCUUGAUAUCGCUUACACGAAGAAUGGAUGGGUUUAUCACACAGAGCAUGACGAAGAAUGGCGUAUCGAACCUGGUGCUAUCCAAAGAGCUGGAGAGAAUGUCUUGGCUGUCGUUCGUGCUAUCCUAAAAAGCCCCUAUUUGGUCCAAGCAGCAUCCUUUGAUGAAGCUAACAAAUGGGUAUUUUACGAUGUUGUUGGUCUUUUCACCAUAUUUUACACCGUAACAAUUGGUAAACUUCUCAACUAUGGUGCAUGUGCAGUAGUUGUGACGCUUGUCGCUUUUCGUAUUGUGAGAGGCCACUACACCUUGAGUGAUCUCGGACAAGCUUUCUGGCAUCAUACCUGCGCAUUGAUCGCUAUGUUUGCUACCAUGGUAUGCGUUGUGGUGCUUGUGCUAAAAUUUGAUCUCCUUAUGUGUUGGUAUAAAAUGCCGGAAAUCGUUGGACCAUUGUACGUUCUGCCAAUGCUGAUUGCGGGAUGUACUGUGCAUACUCAUUUUGCUGACAAGACCAAGAUUCGCAACAUUGAAAUGGUGCAGUAUGAUAGUAUCGUGGUGACGUGUGCUGUUGUAUUGUUCGUGAUGACUUCUUAUAACAUUGCAUCGGCUUUCUUCGUACUCAACUACGUGUUGUUCCCGUUGUUAAAGGAUCCGUUGAUUUUCGCUCUUGGUGCAACAGGGCUGGUAAAUAGAGUAACUCCCCGUAUUCUCCUAUACACCCAGCUUAUCUGUUUUGCCCCUGUAUUUGUCUUCGCAACAUACGCAAUCAGUCAAUGCGUCGACUUCUUCGUACCGGUCAUGGGCCGACUUGGCAAAGCGGUCAACCCAGAAUACAUCAUAGCACCGAUGGGAUUUGUGAUCGCGUCUAGUUUUGUCCUAUUUGUGAACAAUCUUUUCUACAUAUCUCGACGUAUGAACUAUCUGAUAAAAUGUGGUUGUGCUCUGUUUGUAUUUUUCUUCAUUGCGCUCCUAACCACUCCGCUUGGAGUACCAUACUGGUACAGUGAGGAACAUCCUCGGCUGAGACGAGUCAUAGCACUGCACACCAAUCGUACUAUUUACGAUUUCGAAGGCCAGGUGGUUCAAAGGGAUAAUGCCCUUUUUGUGCAGUCACUUGAUUAUAGAGGAGCCGAAGACUUGCCAGCACAUUCGUUCCUCCAAGGAAGUACGACUCCAAACUGUAGCGGCAUAAAGGACGAGUACUGUCGCUUACCGUACUACACAGCUAUCCAUGAGCUCUUCCCUCCUGAGCAAUCUCUUUGGGUACCAGUUCCCUCUCCAGCAGUCAUACCGUAUCCGAUCCAAUUCACGAUGAUCGAUCGUGUGAAAAUUGGUGCGAAUAGGUUAAACGUCACAUUUGAGAUGCGAGGCGGCUUUGACAAAAUGUCUCUUCAUAUCACUCCUUUGUCUGGCUACGAAUUGGUGAAAUGGUCCUUCACAGAUAUCAACAUCAAAGAGUUUGGGCGAAGAACUACAUAUUUUGUUUUUCUCACUUACGGGUACGAAAUGCCGGAAUAUCGACACUUCUGGGUUCUGCUCGAGAACCCGGGCGCUACGCAGGUGGAGCCAGAAAAUACACACAACGUUGAAAUCGCACUUGCGUCUCAUCAUGCACAUGGUGAAUAUCAGAAUUCGGAGACAACCCGACAACUGCGUAAUCUCAUCAAAGGACGCCGCCAAACACCUGGGAUGGCCAUUGAUUUCGAUUUCGGACUGCAGGAACAGGCGCCCCGAAUGCUUUGA